CAACGCGCCGCCGCCGCCUUAUAACCAGGGCCACUACCCCCGACACCACCUACGGACACAACAACCUACAACUGAUAUCAAAUCGAACGUGAACGUCUAACUUACCAUCAACAUCGCACUCUAAUCUUAACAAUUCUAUUUCGUGCUGCCUUAGCAUUCUGACUCAACAACAACUUCCGUUCUUCCAGCGCAUUUACUCCACGAUGCACGACCACGAAACUCACCCGCUUCUUCAGCAAGUUCCCCUCACGGUUUCGCCGUUCAUCCAACUCCCCACGGCGACCACACUGCCGUAUCAAUACAAGCAGAUGCCGUCCACGCUGCCACCCUCGACGUUGGGCAUCACUACAGCGUCAACAACAGAUGACGCCAACAACAACACCAAUAACCCAUCAGCGCCGGCCAACAAACCAAGAUACGUCGUCUCCGCAUCCGGAUACACAGCCCACCCCGACGACAUUCUGCAGGCCUGCCGGGAGCUGCACGCGUAUGUCGCGCAGCUGCAGGCAAAGUCCGAGAAGGAGCUGCGGGAGUUUGACGAGCGCAUCAAGGCGCGGGAGCUGGCCGAGAAGCGGAGGCUAGCGCCGGGAUGGCUGGAUAGUGAGGCAAGGUUGUUGGAGCCAGAGAGAAAGCCCGCCGAGAUCGCGGCUCAAGAUCUUCAGGCUGCGGGGCACGAGGUCGCAACCGGUGGCCGGGCGGAGACUGGUGCGGCCGUUCCUGAGCAGGGCCAAGGGCUCACGGAGGGGUAUGGACAUGGGCAGUAUAUGUGGCUGUUGCAGCAGCCGGUGCAACUGAACUUCCAUGGUUUCGGUGACGAAAGCGGGGAUUCGUAUGUUGAGGGACCCAGUGAGAUGGCUGUCCCGGAUGAAGGGCAGGAGUUAGAUCGAGCAUUUGGAGUGAUGCAGCUAGCUGGGAAAGCCCCGAAGCUAGGCGGAUCUUGAUAUGUGGCAAGUGCGCCGGUAUACGUUUGGGAUAGGUAACUGUGGGAGAGAUAACUUUGGGAUUCAUAGCAGACAGAUCGGUCCUUGGAUUUGCUUAGAGCAGAGCACCUACAAAGAAAGGCUGUUGUUAACUUAUUCUCGUCUCACGGAUCUCGUCACGUUUCGUUCAUUAGCUUUGGUGACAAGCAUGCCGGCCUGUCUCCAGGGGCGCCUUCACCAGUUUUGAGUAUAUUCAUCAUUCAAGUUUAGAAAAAUC